AUGACGAAUAUUACGUUGCAAAAAAAAGAAGAGUACGACUUUUCUGAUGAGGAAGAGUACGUGGUAGACUACGGUAAGGAAUUGAGCAUGGAAGAGUACCAACAGAAGGGCAUUUCUAAGGGUAUAUUUACAAAUUAUUGCUUUGCAAACCUCACCGAAAUUCGCAUUAGAGCAGUAGAGAAUCCAAAGAGUAUCGAGGUUCCUUGGACUAUCGAGCCUCUUCUUCUCAAUUCUACGCUCAAAAUACUACGAACACUUGGCACUGCCUGGUACGGCGAUGAACUCACCGGAUUUGUGAGGCCUGAGCACAAGAACUACAACCUUGAGUAUUUCAGCCUCCUGGAAUCUUACGUCGAUGCCGAAGGACUAAGCACAAUUCUCACUCGCUACCCGAAGCUGAAGGGAAUCUCGAUUAGGUUACCCGACGAGGAUAGGGAGACAACAAUUAACUAUGACCUGGGCUUCAGUGAGGACGAAGAGUGUACCCUCAACUUUGAUGACUUUGGGGACGUUCUUCGAAAACAUGGCCAAAAUUUUGAAAAGUUCGACUUGAACACUUUCUUUUUUGAAAGCUACCGCACAUUUCAGCGAAAUCGCGGCCCAGGGGAAGGAAUAAUUGGUUCCCUCCGAGAACUCAAAUCCCUCAGACAUCUCGGAGUCAGCAAGGAGGCUUUGAUCGGAGAGAUCGAGCCACUCUCACGACUGAGUGAGAAUUGGGUCGAAUCGGAACGUGAGCUGCAUAACCAGGACGUCUACAAUUUGCUUCUCGACGGUAUGCCUAAUCUCCGCGAGAUUAGUGUAGAGAGAUGCAAGACUGGUUUCGAUAGUUCUAAUCAUUAUGGGUUAUAUGCUGAUUUAGAUGAUGCGGCUACUGCUGCUGACGAAGAAGAAGAUGGUGUUUCAUGUUUUAGUGAUAAAGACCCAGAAGGUCUUUAUAGACCACAGCUUGGACCGGAAGAAUUUAUGUACUCGAAGGAAGCGGAGUGGCCACCUGGGUUGCAUGUCGCUGGCUGGGUUGUGGACGUCGUCGAGGAGGGCCUAUAUAAGAUACGUGGAAGACCAGCUUGUGACUUUCGGGUCCUCAUUCUGACAAGGAAGACAUGA